AUGGAUAACGUGACAAGUAGCUCGAUCUUCUUUCUUCAACAGCACAAAGAACAAUUGAAGGCGCUGGGAAUACCAAAUAACCUUUUAACACUUUUGUUCCAUAAAUUGGACUCGGGAAUUUUUGACGCCGGCGACUAUUUUCAGUUCUGCGAAAUACCUGAUGAGUUCUUCCCAAAAAAUGGGCGCAAAAACCCGUAUGGACUUGUUUGUAAAAAGGAAGAGGGUUUGAAAAUGAAUAGCAACAUAUUUGUGAUUGACCACGACUUUACAGCAAACAAAGAAGAUAUCAUGCAGACGAUUUCAACGGUUCCACAGUUGUUGGCGGAGUAUGAAGAGAAUUUUGGAUUGAACACGGAAGGGAAAAGCCCACUUGAACGCAUUGAGCAGUUUUAUAAAGUCCAGUGGGAGUAUAACUUCCCAUUAAGAUUAUUAAACAAAGACACAAAAGAAGAGGAACUUGCGUGGUAUUUAGUCGAUAAUGUUGGCAAUUCGAUUAUUUAUUCGAAAACAGGGAACUGCAAAUUAGUGCCGUUUUUCUUUAUGCCCCAUGAAAAGUUCUACACUUUACUGUUUCCUAUUAAAGACAUUGAAUACGCACAUUUGAUCACUUCAGACUACUUGUCACCACUCCAAUUGUUGGAAGACUUUUAUAAUGUUAUUCCACUGAGAAACAGAUUUGCUGAAGCACACCACGAAGUCAUUUCCUUUGUCGAGGAGAGAAAGUCACACGUCCCAAAUCAAAGUGAUGAACCUUACAAUUUGGAACUCGUUCAACAAGAAUAUAAAACGGCGCCUUAUCGUAUUUUCACACAUAACAAUUUACUCAAAGAAAAAAUGACAAUAGACAUCUUCAAGUUUGCAGAAGACAUCGACAACGCAGACUUUUUGAUGUUCGACAACACACUCGAGAACGAAGAUUUCGAGACAAUAAAAGGAACACACGCUUGGGUCAACCAAGUACAGGCACAGGACAAGUUCUUGUCGAGCGCAGAACUCACUUUAAUCCUUCGAAAGUACUACGGCGAGAAGUUCGAAGAAAUGCUCGAACCCACGUACGACUUGUCAAAGCCCGAAAGCUGUGCGUCGUACGUCGAGAAGUACUUUUUAUCGGAAGAAGAAGGAAAACCAAAUUAUUGGGUAGUUCGCCCCGUGUUGAGAAAACACCAAAAAUGCUUUGGACUCUUUGAUGAUAUCACGCCCGUUAUUAAAAUUGGGAAUAGUGUACCCGUCACGGUGUGUCAGUUGAGCCCAAAGCCUUUGCUUGUGAAUAACAAGAAAUUUGAUUUCACUGUGACGAUUCUGGUGAAGUACGACGAGAUGUGGGAAAGUAAAAAGGUCGACGUGUACAUGUGUGACAAUUUUGUUGUCCGAGUUGCACAGAAAGAGUUUUCUAUGAAGAACCUUUGGGACUACGAAGCACUUUUCACACAAAUAAACUGUGGGAAUGGUAUCGUGAGUGUGGACUCCACAGAGUUUGAGGAAGUGUAUAAAAAGGAACACGAAAAACUGUGUGGAUGGAACGAAUUGUUGCAGAGAAUGAGAAACAACUUGGGUCACAUUUUCAACGCUAUGGUCAAGUCGAAUGUAUUGACACCUGAAGUAAGCUCCUGCGCACUGUACAGCGUUGAUUUUGAGGUUGACGACCAAUUCCACACACGGGCUAAAGAGUUUUAUCUGCACACCGAUUAUUCUAAAGACAUCGAAAGAGAUGACCAGUUUUUGAACAACGUGUUCUCGACUGCCUUCUUGGAGUCUAAGGACUUCAAACAAGUUUAUUGA